CGCGAGCGAGGAAUAAAUAUAAAAAUCAUCAUCAUUCUUAUCGGAAUGUGUGAUGUGUGUUAUGUUGCUGUCUGCUGCACCUAAAUAGUAGAAGGUACCUAUAAAAGUGAAGAAGUCCGGUUGUUGGUUGGCGAAAAAAUACCUAAAUACACUGGUUGGCUGGCACUCUCGGCAGUAGGAAAAGGUUCCACCGAUCGUGUCUAGAAUAGUGCGGAAAAGCGAGCCCAAAAACGGAUCUUCAACGCGAGGGUGGUGGUGGAAAAAUCAAAACAAAGCGUGAAACUUUUUCUUUCAAUCCAUUAGCAGCAGGUUUCCUUUUCCCGAUCUAUGGUGGAAUUUGCUGAGCGAGCAAAAUGGAAAAUAUACUACUGAAGGAAGCAAUCAUAAUGGCCAACAGUAAUCACAUGUGUCGACUGUGCCUGUCGGCAAACGGUAUCACGGAACCGAUAUGCUACGAUCAGAGGGAUCAGUUUCUGCUGCAGAAGAUCUACGAAUGCACAACGCUGCAGAUAUCUCCUCUAAACGGUAUUCCAUCUUCCUUGUGUACUAUCUGCAAAGCGCGUCUGGAUGAGUUCUACCAAUUCCGAUGGCAAUGUAUUAAAAAUGAUGAAAUUAUUCGUAGAAUUGCCGACAACUUUCCAAAACCUGUCGCGAAUGAGAGCGCCAAACCGAUAGAAGAAGUUCCGGACCAUUCGCCAACGGCAUCCUCUAGUCAUCCGAUUCAACAUCCGCAACGUCACUUGCAGCAACAUGCACAUCUCCAACUGUCGGCUCAUCCCAAGGAAGAAGUUGUAGAUCAAGUAGCCGCUCCGCAAUCUUCCGUCUUGGAAGAGGUUCACCAGCUUAGAACGAUAGUAGAAGCUCCAAACCCGGAAUACAAUUCCGUUCCUCAUGCAGAGCUAGAAAGGCGAUCGCCACCUCCGACGAUGUACCAUCAUCCAUCUGCUCACAUGAUAGCCCACAAUCGACACGAUCCUAAUCAAUAUCCUAUAGUGAGUGGACAUCUUCCAAAUCAUCAGUACGGACUGCUCCCCCCGCAUGAUGGACAACAAAGUGUUGGAUUUACACCGCAGCAGCCACACCCAGCACAUCAGUUUGAGUUUUCGGAUUUUCGGAGGAAGCGUGGUCGACCACCCAAGCAGAAAUACGACCAAUAUCACCACCUUCCCGUGAAAUACGGCGAGAGUUCUAUUGAGUCCCAGCAAGCUCGAGAAUUGGCAGCUGAACGCCCGAUUGGUGAACCUCAAUCCACUCUAAGUUAUGGAGCAGGUCCAUCCAAGGAAGAAAAUGAUUCCGAUGGCAAAACUGGACCAUACGAAGCCGAAGAUUGGUCCAACGAACCUAAAAUAAAGCUGGAGCAGAUGGACCAUCAACAGGUUCACUACGAAGAUCAAUUACUAUCAAAUCAACGGGAUGCUGUUGAUCAGAAACAGGAAUACUUCUCCAAACCUUCAACUUUCACUACCAACACAGUGCAAACGAUUCUAACACCAGACGGUUACGUUAAACGUAGUCGAGGGAGACCUCCUCGAGAAGGUGGCUGUCCCAAUCAAGACCGUCUUGAGUAUCGCUUCCAGUGCCAGUACUGCGAUGCUCGCUUCAAGGCAGCCAUUAAUCUGAAGCUGCACACAAAUACUCACACUGGAGAACGACCCUACAAGUGUCAGCUUUGCGACAAAUCCUUUGCUCAUCCCAGUAACUUGAGUGUUCACACAAAGCUCCACACCACUCAGGACCGCAUAAAACGUGAAGGUAUCGGAGCAGACAAGAAAUUCCAGUGCCCUUAUUGUCACACUUUCUUCGCGCUAGCUUUCCAACUGAAAAUCCAUAUCAACACCCACACCGGUCAAAAGCCGUACGUUUGUAAAACCUGUGGCAAAGGCUUUGCCCAACCGAGCAACUUACACGUGCACGCGAAAAAACACUGCCACAAAAAGACAGACUUCGUACACAGCGUGCCACAAAAUACGUCCAACGUCCAACUGCUGCCACCUCCGAUGCAGCUACCCUACGCAGCAGAACUUCCUCAGCAUUCUCAAUACUCACCGCCACCAGCAGUAGGUAACAAUGAUCAACAUCCUCCGCAGCAUACCCCUCUAAUACAUCCUAGUCAAAUGUCGGCGGACGAGAUUACAACGAUGAAUGACAACAACAACGUCCAACACUCGCCCCAAUCGGACGAGCAGCAGCACCAGAUUCAACUUCCAGAAAUUCACCAACAGCAACCCGUUCAACCGGAAGGAACGGACCUUGAACAAGGUCAAGUUCAUCAACAUUCGUUGCAGCAGCAGCAGCUUCCACCAACAAUUCCCCAGUGAACCAAAACGUACUAACCGUGUAACCAAUACGUACGUUGGAGAAAUAUUUUGUAAAAAAUCAGAAAACACGAUAGCCAAGCUAUUGUCAAUAUAUAUCAAGGAAUCAUACUAAUCAAAACGGAACGUUGUAAGUGUAACACGAAAACAACUUCUGCGAUAAGAAAUUGUUAUAACUGAUCAACCUUAAUACUAACGUAGAAUAACAGAUGAUCGACUUUUAUUUUUUUAUUCUAAGCAAAACGUAUCGCUUUACUUCUAACGAAUAUAAAAAUCCUAAUUAUUUUGCAUUUUUACAGCUACAUAUGUUAAUAUACGUUGAAAUUAUAGAUUUUAUAAAUUAACCUUUAAACCCAAUUUAAUUUUUACUAAGGUCCGCAGUCUGGUGAACUUAAUAAGAGUUCAAGGACUAUAAAAGUUUUUUUUAUAAUCCUACCCAAUAUCCAAUACACAUAAUUAACAAUAUACUAUAAGUUUCAUUAUAAUACUACCAACACCAACACACGUUUUCUUCCUCGUACGCAAUGUAGUUUUUAGAUUCUGAUUAUGAGCAGACUAUAUUUUUAGGAGAUUCGUUUAUUUUAAAUAAUUCUGGUGUAACAUCUCGAUUUUUUUGUAACAAUCAAAAAAGUUUCGGAAAUUUUUUCAAAGCCUUGGACGACACCAAAAUUUAAGAUAAACGUAUAAACCAGUAAAAGGAAAUUUAAAUAUUUUCAUGAUGUUACACUGAUAGAAUAUUUCGUAUGUUGUUUGAAUAAAUAAAAUUAUUUUAUCAAAUUUUUAA